CUACAGAAUGCAGAAGCACUAGUAGCGCAUUGUGAAAUGCUCUUAUCUGUGGAUGAAAGAUGGGUUAUUGGUGGUAAGGAAUACAGCCGUUUCAAGGAGGAAGCAACACAAGGCAAAUAUUGUGCUGCAUUGGAUGAACUGGAACAUCUGGUGGUCAUGAGAUUGUUUGAGCUUUCGAAGCUCUCAUUGUCGGGCACAGGGUAUAAACUACGUCAACAAAUUAGCAAGGCUUUACAGCAGUGCUUGGACAUUAUUCGCAACACCAUUAAUUACUACAACAUUCAGGCUGAAGCCCUGACUCCACCAAGACUGAAGAUUGCAUGGAAGGAUAUUGUUGAAUAUAGCUCCCUCAGCGAGUUUGACCUGUUGCACAACUCCCACACUAACAUCUGA